CUGAUAUCUCUCAAAGAGAAGAGUGAGUGAGAGGAUCAAUCAUCAAUGGCGUCUCCAACACCAACGAGAAUCUCAUUCCGUAUACUGAUCCUGAUCGCUUUGAUGGUGCUUCUAUUCUAUGUCGGCCGUCCUCUCUACUGGAAGAUCUCCGCAACCAUCCACGAUAUCCGCCACAACAAGCAAUCCGUCAGAGAAGGUAUAUCUCAGAUCGUACAAGAGGCGCAGAGAUCGGUGGGAUGGUAUCACGACGAGUCGGACUCUGGGAUCUUAGAGGUUCAUAACAAGAAACCGAGAGUCUCCGCCUCUCGGAGGCUUCUUUUCGCCGGUGAUCAGUGAGAAAAUUUCACAUUUGGUUUGUUCUAAAUAAUUUGUACUACUGCUGUGUUUGUUGUCUGUGUGUAUGUUUGAUCGUGUCGCCACUUUACAAGAAUAACAUUAUCAAGUUUUAUAGGUCGACAUUGUCGUAAUUCGUAUUCCGACAAGAUAACAUAUCUACAUGACCUUAUUAAUAAGGUAGAUAUAUUAAACUAUAUAGAGAGCUUGUGAAUUUCUGUUUGUAUGAGUUUUUGCUUGAAACUUGC